AAUAGAGUCAAUCAAAAAAAAAUACUCAAAAUUAUUGAAAUCAAGCAAUGAAAUAUGGUUGGUUGGAUAUCCGCUGGCAGAUAUUAAUACCAGUUCUCUGCCUACUACUAGAGAUGUCUACAGAUUUUUUAGGUAUCAAUUAAAAAUGAUGAACAGUUCGCUUCAAGUGUUUUCUAAAUGCACAAAAGAAUUAGGUACUAAAAGCAACAUUUCAAAAUUAAAAUUAACUGCAAAAUUAACGAUGAAAACCGUUAAAGUAUUUUGGGAUAAAGCUGAUAUUCCUUGCGAGCAGGAAAAGUAUAUUGUUGAAAGUAUUAUUAAGUUACAUGAUAAAUGGAGAAGUCUUGCAAAGUCUAAACAUAAAUGUUUUUCAAAAAAAGGUUUAUUUAUUCAAAGCUUCAAAAAAAUAAUGGAUAAUAUAUUUGAUAUUAGUUCUCUGAAUUGGAAAGAAUAUGUUAAAAAAACCAGAUCAAAUUUAAAUGCAGAAGAAGAUAUUAUCUGGUCUGGAAAAUAUUGGUUUUCAGCACUCAAAAGUGGAGUAAAAACCAGAGGACUAGGUGGAAAAGAUAAUUUGUUGAAAUUGAGUGUCAAAAGAAAAAUAGAGAAGAAGGUAAAAGAAAAAUUAAGAAUCAAUAAAGAAAAGAAAAGAAAAAUAAAUGAUAAAGAGGUUGAUUUCAGCAUUUAUAAAAGUGAUAGUGACUCAACUGAAGAAUCAUUUUUUGCUGGGUCUAGAAGUUCUAUUUACUCAGAUUCUCAGAGCUCUUCUAAAAUUGAUUAUGAAGUAAAUAAUUUUGAAUCUUCUGCAGAGUUAGUGGAAAAUGUUGUAUCAGAUAAUAUCAAUUUAAUUUUGCCAAGAAACUUUGUUUGUCAUCCAGUGAUAACAGCAACAGCUGAUAGAUCUAAACUAUAAAAUGCACAGCUUAUGAUGAAUGUUUCAGCAAUCCUGGUUCUAGGUUAUUUUUUUAUUGUUAUUUAAAUCACUUAUCAGUUUCAUAAGUUUUUAAUUAGUGUGAUGAGUUGAUAAGAAAAAUUUUAUUCUGUAUUUUUUAGGUGGUGUUAAAGCUAAUGAUGUAGAUAUUUCACUAAACACAAUUAGAAGAGCACGAAAGCAAAAUAGACAAAUUAUGGCAAGAAAUAUAAUUGAAUAAUUUAAAAAAAAAGUUAGAUUAGAUUAUUUAACUCUUCACUGGGAUGGGAAACUUAUGAAGCAAAUAUCUGGUAAAAAGUUUGGCUAUUUAACUGUUUUAGUAAGUGGUUUUCCAAACUGUAAGAAGAGUAAAAUUUUAUCUAUUAAACCUAUUCAGUCAGGCACAGGACAUUCUAUAUGUAAAGGAAUCAUCGAAGAUUUAGAAAAAUGGGAUCUUAAAUAUAAUAUUGUUGCCCAAGUUUUCGAUACAACGGCUUGUAAUACUGGAGUAAGAAACGGAGCAGCAACUCUUCUUGAAGAAUGCAAAUCUAUAAAAACGCUUCUCUGGCUUGCAUAUCGUCAUCAUGUUUAGAAUUAAUCCUAGAGUCGUUUUGGAAAGCUUUAUUUCAAAAAAAGACAUCAUCUGAUGAUAAUAUAGAGUUUAAAAAUUUUCAAAAAAAAUGGCUACACUCUAAACAAAUUCCUCUCAAACUUUCAAAUAGAUCCCUUGAUCUUGAAAAUUCAUUCUUAAAACAAAAAGCAAAUGAAACUUGCAAUUUCUUAGAAAAAGUAUUGCAGUCUAAGCAUCAUCCAAGAGACAAUUACAAAGAGGCUGCAGAACUAGCAAUUUUUCUAUUAGGUGGAGAAGAGCCCAAGAAAUGGAAAACAUGUAGUGCUCACCAUCAUGCAAGAUGGAUGGCGCAUUUGCUUUAUGCACCAAAGAUGUUAAUAUUUAAAAAAGAUUUAACCGAAUCUGAUUUUAAAAACCUUAAAAUAUUUUUGACAUUUAGCUCAGCCAUUUACAUUAAAGCUUGGUUAGAAGCGCCAAAGGCUUGCGAUGCACCAAUUAAUAAUAUAAAAUUAUUUAAUGAUCUAGAAGCACUUAAAGGUAUUCCGAACUUCGGUGUACCUGCUGAAAAAGCUCAAUAUGUUUUAAGCAGACACUCUUGGUAUCUAACCGAGCAGGUAUCGGUAUUAAGUUUAUUUUCAAAUAAACUUUCUCUAAAUGUUAAAGAUAAAAUUGUAAAAAAAAUGCUAGAAUGCGGAAAACCACUUGGUAUAAUUGCGAUAAACCAACUCUUCCACUGAUUAGAAAAAGUUCCGAUAUUAUUUCUUAUAUUAGGAAAAAGUCUUGGUUAAUUUUUCUUAAUUUAAAAGAUGAUGGAAAAUGGCUUAAAGUUUCUUCUUCAGAAUGGGACGGCAAUGCUUGUUGUUUGAAAAUGAAGCUGUUUGUCAAAACUCUGAAAGUGACUGAUGACGUGGCUGAGAGGGGAAUUAAGUUGUGUUCCAAUUAUCUCCAAAUACUUACAAAGGUGAGCCGUAAAAUGAGUUGAGAAGGCAAUUAAAAAAUCUACAUAAUCAUAAAAAUCUACUAUUAGAACAGAUUAAAAUAAAAUUUCUUAUCUUAAGGACGAGGCUGUACGAAACGAAGUUUUUAACGUGGUUGAAAAUCACAGAAAAGUUGUAGGCAAUUGUAAUAAGAAACAAUUAUUCGUUGAUUUAGCUGAGUAUAUAUAAUAACUGCUUUUUUAUUAUCUUUUCUGUUUUUCAUUGGCCUGGUCAUGAGACUGUCGCGUAUUAUUUGAAUAGCCCCAAAUAAUUUUUUUCCAAAUUAAUCAACUCUUCUGUAAUUCAGGCAAUCUAUCAUUUAAAAAGGAGUUAUAAAAGCAGUUAUUACUUGUAUUGUGGUAAACCCCUACCAUAUGGGGGAGGGGUAUUGAAAGUGUUACCAAAUAUCACAUGGAGAGGGUAGUUAGCUACAAUGUGACGCGAAUUACAAUUCUUAUAAUAGCAGAAUUAGUAAACUUUUAGCAAAAAAUUACUUAGAGAUAUAUCUUUUUUAACAAUAAUAGCAUUGCGCAUAAAAGAGGGGGCGGGGGAGGAGUUGAUAAACAAGUAAUACAAAAUGAUACAUGGGGGAAGUUCAAAAACGUGUUGUCUAUUAAAUGAACAACCUCAAAUAACAAAUAUUUCCUAUAGAUAUAAAAAUUCUUAUAUUUUUUCAAUUUUCCUAAAAAAUCCUAAUUUUGACAUAUUUUAGACUAAAAAUGAAAAUAAUCAAAUCAAAUUCGGCAGCACUCAAUGAUGUUUUUUUCCAAUUUUUUUUUUAUAGUUUGUAUUCAUAUGUGAAAAGGAUCAUGUUUUUUUGCAGACAUGUUAAAUUUUCAAAUUUUUUUGUUU